AUGGCGGCAAACGUCUUCGGCAACCCCAUCACCGAUGAGACUCUGAAAGCAAUGCCUGAAUACAACAACAAACCAAUAACCCGCUGCGAUCGUGCACACGAGGCUCUCAAUAUGAUACACGCGGAGAGCAAGGACGUGAACGCCCUCCGAUAUGUGGAGAAUCUGAAGGAGCAGUACGGCGACGGAGUCUCGACGCUCUGCGUGGUCUACAAUGCUAGUGGCGAUCCUAUCACUUUCCAAGAUAGCCAUGAUUGGCACGGCCACCUCUGGAAAGCGCCAUACCCGCAAUCUCUUUUGAACGGUCAGUGGGGUGCUUUCCUGCACGUCCAUCCCUCUGGGGCGAUGGCAGGAUCGUCGGCCGCUGUCAUCUAUCGCGGUAAGAAUGAUGCAGGGAAGGACCAUGAUUUCAUGUUCUCAUGGAUGAACCCUUGGUGGUCGGGCAGUUGCACG